CUUCGGCCGAAUCGUUCACAGUUCACUUAUGUAGUCGUUUGUUUUAUGUUGUUUACAAUGUUGACAAGUUACUGUGGUCCAUAGAGUUUGUCUUGUACUGGUGUGCCCGUUAACUACUAAUGAAACGGUGCAAGCUUUGAGGCAACAUAAGAUCUGACAGAAUCGCGGUGAAGUUAGUUUUAGAUUGGAUAGUCGGCAGACGGUCUCUCAGGUGUGAGAGACUGUUAGACAGUAGGCAUCAGUGCCGACCCAAGCUUUUAUGGGGCCCUAAGCUGAAUUUGUUUUUGGGGCCCCCUUUCCACCACCUCAAUACAAAUCUGGUUCUGUGUUUAUGUGCCGGCUGUGCAACCUCUUCUCUCCCAGUCGCCCUCUGCUGCUGGCCCACUGCUGUCAGGUUCAUCCUGAGCAGGUGCCUCCUGAUAACAUCAUCACUACACUGAAGCCUCUUGUCGCGGAACCUGUGGAGACAGUGGCAGAGAGCCCAGUGAAGCGAAAGCGAGGACGACCAAAAGGCUCUACGAAGAAGUUCAAGGCUGACUCCACCGAUUCUCCAGAGGAUAAACUUGAACAGAAAGACAAAGGGAACAAGACAGCGGGAGACCCACAGCAUAGCUCUGUAGAAGGUGAAAGCCAUGAUCAGAUUUUGGGACUCAAUUGUAGAAACUGUCGUCGCUCAUUCAGCAACAAACGACAGAUCCUCAAACACAUCUGCCUUAGGGAGGAGGAGGACGGAGAGGGAAACGUAGGUGAGGAGAGCCCUGGGAAUGUUGACCGUGUGAAAGCUGAUUCAAACAGGAAGCACCAGAACACAGUAAGGCCGGGACUUGUGAGAGAAAAAGAAAAAGACCAAAAUCUCAUAUUAAAAGAUGGAGGCCCAGCAACAGGGAACAAAAAGACAGUUGUCAGUUUUGUUCUGGCAGAGAAUGAAACAAUCCCAGGUGUUUCUAAAAUCGUUCCACUAGAGGAUGGUUCAACAGAAACUGAGUCUGCAGCCAACGAAACUCAGCCUCACCCUGUAGUCUUCCAGAGUCACUCACAAGACCCUGAAUCUGAAGCCACCAUCUUGGAAGGUAAUGCUGAAUCAGCACAGGAGCUGAGUUCAACCUCCACAACAACAACAGCAACAGCAACAGCAACAACAACAACAAAGGGAGCAGCAGUUGGCAGAGGCUUUCAGGAAUAUUCUAUCAAGCAACAUGCUGCCAAUUCAUCUCAGAGUAAGAUGAAGAUCUUCACCUGUGAGUUCUGUAACAAGAUCUUCAAGUUCAGACACUCUCUGGUCGCCCACCUCAGGGUGCACACCCAGGAGAAACCGUUCCAGUGUCCUCACUGUGACUAUGCAUCAACCAUCAAAGCAAACCUGAAUGUUCACUUGAGGAAGCACACAGGAGAGAAGUUCAGCUGCCAGCACUGCCCUUUCUACAGCCUCAGCCCAGGACACCUAAAGGUCCACAUAGAGCGAGUCCAUAUGAAGGUGAAGCAGCACUGUACCUUCUGUGAGAGAAAGUACUCGGAUGUGAAGAACUUGCUGAAACACAUGGAGAUAAAUCACGACCUCAAAGACCCCACAGUCUAUCAGAACUACCAGCAGCUGAAGUUAAAAACUCGUCAGGGCCUCAGACAGCUCCUUUUCCACUGCCACACCUGUAACCGACACUUCAAGAACCAGCUCGAGCGGGAGCGCCACCUGUUGGUCCAUGGGCCUCUGCGUCCCUUUGCCUGCUUGCUCUGUGACCACGCAGCCACCAAGAUGGACGCUCUCACUGCCCAUGUCAGGAAACACCUCUUCCUGUAUGUGUGCUGUGAUUGCGACGGGAAGUUUGUCAGCUCUCAGAAACUUAAGAGUCACCUGAAAGAGUCUCACCCUGACGUGGAACUGGAACAGGCCUUCACCAAGUGUAUUAAUAGCAGCUACUAUCUGAUACAGCCUGGAGGGGACAUGUGGGGGGAGGAGGACAGGAGGGACACAGAGAGAGGGGUACAGGAGGAAGACGGGACAGAUGAGAGGGUGACACAAAAAGUUGGUAUAAAUGGUGUCGGAGAGGAGGAGUUGCCAGGUGUGGAAGUGGAGCAGCUAGAAGCUGCAGAGCAGGAAGACAUUAAAGCUCAGGGUGAAAGUGCAGAACAUGUACAGGUCACAGAGGAAGGAGCAGGAAAAAACGAAGGUGCACAGCAAGGCUCCCAUGAAGCAAUUUCUGUAGAAACUUCAACUCCCACUGAGAAACAGGACAAAGCAACGGCUGGAGAAACAUCACAAAGCAACAAAAUGGAAUCUUGCACCCCUGCAGCUGAAAACAAAGACGGGCACGAGGACAGGAAUCAAGAAAACGCACAUGCAGCCACAAGCACGCACACCACUUCAUCACCAGGCAAUGCUAACCUACCUGAUGUGUGUGACAACACACAUUCAUCAUCAGCACCUCCACCACCCGAGGACCAAACGCCACAUCCACAAAAGGAGUCCGAGGUUUUCCCUCAGAGUGCAUUUGAGCAGGUGUUUUCAUCUCUUCGGAAGACUUGUCUGAAUAUGGAGACUUUCCAGCGUCUCAGGAAAGUGUAUGGAGACCUGGAAUGCCAAUACUGUGGUAAACUCUUCUGGUACAACGUCCACUAUAACAUCCACGUACGCACGCACACCAAGGAGCACUUGCAUUACUGCACAAAGUGUAACUACUCGUCCAUCACCAAAAGCUCCUUAAAGCGGCACCAGAUCCAGAAGCACAGUGGUUUGCUGCUGUCGUGCUCUAAUCCUGACUGUAAAUACACCACGCCUGACAAAUACAAACUACAAGCCCAUCUGAGGACGCACCAGGAACAGGGGAAAAGUGUGACCUGUCCUGUUUGCCAGCGCAGCUACUCAGAGCACAGACUUAAGCAACACAUCAAAACAUCCCACCCUGAUUCACUGCCUGUGCAGCGUGCAGAGAAGUGUCCUUACUGUGACUCCUACUUCCUGAAGAACAGCAGAGACUUUCAGCAACACAUCUGGGCCCAUCAAGGUCUGAAGCCAUACGUCUGUGGCGUGUGUGACUACGCGGGCCGUAGCAGGAGCAACCUGAAGACUCACAUGAACCGACACAACACGGAGAAACGCCAUCUCUGUGACCUGUGUGGGAAAAAGUUCAAGUCUAAAGUAACGCUGAAAAGCCACAGACAGAGCCACACAAAUGAAGGGAAGCGAUUUCACUGCUCAGAGUGUGACUUUACCUCGGUCUCAAAUCCUUACCUGGUCAGACAUAUGGAGCAACAUGCUGCAUUCAAGCCAUUUCGCUGUGCCCACUGCCACUACUCCUGUAACCUUGCUGGUCCCCUGAAGCGACACUACAGCUUGAAGCACCCAGAUCAGAAAUAUGAGAAUGCUGGAACUGGGCUGCCUAACCCUGAUGCUCUGAAACAGCAAGGUGGACGAAAGUGUCCUGAAUGUGAAUUUGUUUAUGGCACCACAUGGGAGCUGAAUCGACACCUGAAGAGCAAACACAGCCUGAAAGUAGUAGAGGGCACUUGGGAGGCGGGUGAGACAGUUGAAGCCCAGUAUGUGUCUGUGGAGGAUGAGGAGCAGCUGACAGAAGCACCUGCAGUAGCUCUGCAUGACAACGUUGAUAUCCAGCAGAUCACUGAGUUCAGCUCAGAGACUCAUGACGCAGUCACCUCCAUGGUCGCCAUGGCUCCAGGCACCGUUGCUGUCGUACAGCAGUUGCAGGUGACUGACGAGCAGGACCUCGGCAACUGCGGCAACCAGCUGAUGGUGGUGAACGCCGAGGGGGAUCUAACCGGUGACCAGGUGAUGGUGGUGGAGGAUGCGCAGGGACUGGAGGCUCUGACAGUCCUCACUCAGGGAGAAAACACUCAUCACUACAUCGUCUAUGUCGAGGAACACACUGUAGAAAUCAAUUCGCAGAGCUAGUAUUUUUUUCACACAUUACUGCUGAUUUGUCAGUGACUCACAGUAUUUCAUUGGAUGAGGCGGCUCGUCUUCCACUUCUGUGGGGAAGGUUCCUCCGGACGUCAACUUCUCUUGUCCACACGCCGAUGUUUUCCUGUGGAACACACCUAACCCCAAAACCCAUCCUGGUGGCUGUGCGUCAGUGUGUGAAUGUGAUUAAUGUAUGUGCGAUAGAAAAUGUGCUGCAUUUGAUGCACUGUGUGAAUGGGUGAAUGGCAAAACUGUUGUGUAAAGUGCUUUGUGUGGUCAUCAGUAAUUAGGUCAUCAGGAAUUUUCAAAUGUAUUAUCGAAAAACCAUCAAGUUUACCAAUUUGCAAUAAAAUCAGGAUUUAGCGAU